CCCAGAUCCACAAUGGCAGAGCCGGCAGUGCCGGACACGCCUGGGGACCCGGCCCUGUGCAGCGGGCGCUUCACCAUCAGCACGCUCCUGGGGGCUGACGAGCCUCUGCCCCCCGCGGCCUAUGACAGCAGCCACCCCAGCCACCUGACCCACGGCAGCACCUUCUACAUGCGCACCUUUGGCUACAACACCAUUGAUGUGGUGCCCGCCUACGAGCACUAUGCCAGCAGCGCCCUGCCCGGUGAGCCCCGCAAGGUCCGGCCCACACUGGCCGACCUGCACUCCUUCCUCAAGCAGGAAGGCAGCCACCUGCACGCCCUGGCCUUCGACAGCAGGCCCAGCCGCGAGAUGACCGACGGGCUGGUGGAGGAUGAAGGAGGCGCCAGCAGCGAAAAGGACCCUGGGGAGCCCAUACGCUUUGGCUGGGUCAAGGGGGUGAUGAUCCGUUGCAUGCUCAACAUCUGGGGUGUGAUCCUCUACCUGCGACUCCCCUGGAUUACAGCCCAGGCGGGCAUUGUGCUGACCUGGAUUAUCAUCCUGCUCUCCGUCAUGGUGACGUCCAUCACGGGCCUGUCCAUCUCAGCCAUCUCUACCAAUGGCAAGGUCAAGUCAGGUGGCACUUAUUUCCUCAUCUCCCGGAGUCUCGGCCCGGAGCUGGGGGGCUCCAUUGGCCUCAUCUUCGCUUUUGCCAAUGCCGUGGCCGUGGCCAUGCACACCGUGGGCUUCGCAGAGACUGUGCGGGACCUGAUCCAGGAGCACAGCACACCCAUCGUGGACCCCACCAACGACAUCCGCAUCAUCGGCGUGGUCACCGUCACCGUGCUGCUGGCCAUCUCCCUGGCCGGCAUGGAGUGGGAGUCCAAGGCCCAGGUGCUGUUCUUCCUCGUCAUCAUGAUCUCCUUUGCCAACUACAUAGUGGGGACCCUGAUCCCCCCCUCCGAGGACAAGGCCUCCAAAGGCUUCUUCAGCUACCGGGGGGACAUUUUUGUCCAGAACUUGGUCCCUGACUGGCGAGGCGUGGACGGCACCUUCUUUGGAAUGUUCUCCAUCUUCUUCCCUUCGGCCACGGGCAUCUUGGCAGGGGCCAACAUCUCUGGGGACCUCAAGGACCCUGCCGUGGCCAUUCCCAAGGGGACGCUCAUGGCCAUUUUCUGGACCACCAUCUCCUACCUGGCCAUCUCUGCCACCAUCGGCUCCUGCGUGGUGCGCGACGCCUCCGGGGUCCUGAACGACACCGUGGGCUCGGGCACGGGCUCCUGCGAGGGGCUGGCCUGCGGCUACGGCUGGAACUUUACCGAGUGCCACCAGAGACAGAACUGCCGCUACGGGCUCAUCAACUACUACCAGACCAUGAGCAUGGUGUCGGGCUUUGCGCCCCUGAUCACAGCUGGCAUCUUCGGGGCCACCCUCUCCUCCGCCCUGGCCUGCCUCGUCUCCGCCGCUAAGGUCUUCCAGUGCCUGUGCGAGGACCAGCUGUACCCACUGAUCGGCUUCUUUGGCAAAGGCUACGGCAAGAACAGGGAGCCAAUGCGCAGCUACCUGCUGGCCUACGUCAUUGCCGUGGCCUUCAUCGUCAUCGCCGAGCUCAACACCAUUGCGCCCAUCAUUUCCAACUUUUUCCUGUGCUCCUACGCCCUCAUCAACUUCAGCUGCUUCCACGCCUCCAUCACCAACUCACCGGGGUGGAGACCCUCAUUCCAGUACUACAGCAAGUGGGCGGCGCUUUUCGGGGCCACCAUCUCCGUGGUCAUCAUGUUCCUUCUCACCUGGUGGGCGGCCCUCAUCGCCAUCGGCGUUGUCCUCUUCCUCCUGCUCUACGUGCUGUACAAGAAGCCAGAGGUGAACUGGGGCUCCUCGGUACAGGCCGGCUCCUACAACCUGGCCCUGAGCCACUCGGUGGGCCUCAACGAGGUGGAGGACCACAUCAAGAACUACCGCCCCCAGUGCCUGGUGCUCACCGGGCCCCCCAACUUCCGCCCAGCCCUGGUGGACUUCGUGGGCACCUUCACUCGGAAUGUCAGCCUGAUGAUCUGUGGCCACGUGCUCAUCGGACCCCGCAAACAGAGGCUGCCCGAGCUGCGGCUCAUCGCCGGCGGGCACACCAAGUGGCUGAUCAAGAGGAAGAUCAAGGCCUUCUACUCGGACGUCAUCGCCGAGGACCUGAGAAGCGGCGUCCAGAUCCUCCUGCAGGCUGCAGGUCUCGGGAGAAUGAAGCCCAACAUCCUGGUGGCCGGAUUCCAGAAGAACUGGCAGUCAGCUCACCCAGCGACAGUGGAAGACUACAUAGGCAUCCUGCAUGACGCUUUUGAUUUCAACUACGGCGUGUGUGUCAUGAGGCUGCAGGAGGGGCUCAACGUCUCGGAGGCGAUGCAGGCGCACAUUAACCCUGUGUUUGACCCUGCGGAGGACAGCAAGGGAGCCAGUGCCCUCGGGGCCAGGCCGUCUGUCUUCGGUGCCUUGGACCCCGAGGCCCAGGUGCAGGAGGAGCAGGCCAGCACCAUCUUCCAGUCGGAGCAGGGCAAGAAGACCAUCGACAUCUACUGGCUGUUUGACGAUGGAGGCCUCACCCUCCUCAUCCCCUACCUCCUCGGCCGCAGGAAGAGGUGGAGCAAGUGCAGGGUCCGUGUGUUCGUCGGGGGCCAGAUCAACAGGAUGGACCAGGAGAGAAAGGCGAUCAUUUCUCUGCUGAGCAAGUUCCGACUGGGAUUCCACGAAGUUCAGGUCCUUCCUGACAUCAACCAGAAGCCGCGGGCUGAGCACACCAAGCGGUUCGAGGAUAUGGUUGCCCCCUUCCGCCUGAACGAUGGCUUCAAGGACGAGGCCACCGUCAGCGAGAUGAGGCGGGACUGCCCCUGGAAGAUCUCGGAUGAGGAGAUUAACAGGAACAGAACCAAGUCCCUUCGCCAGGUGAGGCUGAAUGAGAUUCUGCUGGAUUACUCGCAAGACGCUGCCCUCAUCGUCAUCUUGAGGCACGUACAUCUGUGAGCAGGAGUGGAGCCUCCCGUUACCGACUGAUGCUGGGGGCGGUGGCUGCUGCUUGCCGCCUGGGCACCCGUUUCCUCGUGACCUUUGACGUAUCUGAGCUCAGCCCUGAAAAUAAGGUAGUUUUCCCAGAGGGCAUUCUCAGCCUGUGGUGUAACUGCUAAGUCGGGAAAGUUUGGUUUUAAUAACUCCACUUCCUUUUCCCCUGGAAAGUCGCCAGGCGGACAAAUUCUAACUAAGAUGACAAUAGCUUAAUGAAAUGCCCUAGUUCCCACCCACCUGCCCCAAUCCUGGGGAACGAGCUUUUCAAAGGAGGGUAAGUGUGCUGCCCAGGUGAAGCUUCCAUGAUGGAAUGUUAACUGUGGGGCAGCUGUUUGGGUGCCCCGGUGAGCCUUGGCUGCCCUCUCCGGGGAAAUGGGGGUUGCAGUGAGCAAAGACAGCGGGUUGGGAAGACCGGAAGACCUCGGUUCUAGUCCCAGCUCCGCCGCUCACCACAUGGCCACCUCGCUCUGGUAGACAAUAGCCGAUAAUAAUAGCUGCUCUGUCUGGAGGGGCUUACCAUGUGGCAAGUGCUGUGCCACUCACUUUGCAUGCUUUCUCUUCUUCUGAGCCUUCACACAUCCCAUGAGGGAGACAUUUCACUUUAGGGAAGAGAAAAUGGAGCCUCUGGGGCAGUGAGCCACACGGCUGAGGAAGUGCAAAGUCGCGGUUCAGACGUGGCUUCUCUGACACCAGCAGCUGUGCUCUGCAUCCCAGCCUUGUACACCACCCUCCUUUCUGCCGGGGUCCCUCAGCUGUGAAAGAGGGGGUUAAAGUGGGAGCAGUGACGGUGCUAUGGGCCCCACAAAUUUCCCUGGAUCAUUUUGAGGUUCAGAUGAAAUAAUGGCUGUGGAUGUACUUUGGAAAAACAAACUGUAAAGUCCUGUCCCUGGAAUCUGCUGGUGCCCCGACUUCAUGAAACACUAGCUGGGUUGGCAUGCGGCUGCCUUCUCCAAGAGCAGAGCAGCUGUGCCGUCCUGAUGAAUUUUUGGAAUUCUCAAGAUGGUAGAAAAAUUAUUUCCUAAGAUAGCCGUGACUGUGUGGCUGAGCAGCAUUCCCAGGGCAUCUCAUUAUUUGCACAGCAUCGCCAGUUCAGAUGAGGGGGCUUUCCAAAGGCACUGGUCUCCCAGGGUCUUCCAUGCAGGGCAGGUGGCAGGACAGAACCCUCAGCUGAAGCAUGGGAACAUAUCACACUGUGGUGAUAUGUGGUCACAGGUAGUGUGUGUGGCUGGGGACGCAAGGCUGGCAUGAUACAAGUGGCCUGGUGGGGGGAUCACCCACCUAACGAUGUACACUGAGCCCGACCGCAUCAGGCCAUGUUCUAGGCACAGGGGAGAGGGUGGUGA